AUGGCAGCUAAGCUCCGAUUUAAUUGCACAAACAACAUGGCCGAAUACAAAGCUUGUAUUGUUGGUUUGAAAAUGGCCGUCGACAUGAAUGUUUACGAGUUGUUGGUUAUUGGAGAUUCAGACCUUCUGAUUCAUCAAGUUCAAGGAAAAUGGGCCGUGAAGAACCCGAAGAUUAUACCUUACGUACAGUAUGUACAGAAGUUAUACAGAAGGUUUCGUAAGAUCGAGUUCAGACAUACUCCCAGAAUACAGAAUGAAUUGGCCGAUGCUAUUGCCACCAUCUCUUUGAUGAUUAAACAUCCGGAUACAGAAUAUAUAGAUCCUCUGGAUAUAGAGUUGAAAGAAGAUCCAGUCCAUUGUUUCCAUGUCGAAGCAGAACCAGACGGCUUGCAUUGA